AUGGCCAGGCAGAGCCGCCUGCAGCGCGAGGUGCUCGGCCUCUACCGGCAGUUCCUGCGCGCCUGCCGAGGCAAGCCGGGCUUCCUGCCGCGCGUGCAGGCCGAGUUCCGCCGGGCUGCCCGCAUCCCGCGCACCGACGUGCUGCUCAUCGAGUACCUGCUGCGCCGCGGGCAGAGGCAGCUGGAGCAGCUCCGGGAAGGGCACGCCACGAGGAUGGGCUUCUUCGCCCCGGGGAAGCCGCCGCAGCAGCAGCAGCAGGAGGACGACGCGCAAUCCUGA